UUGUUUUAUGGCAGUAUGUUCAUUUGCAGAAGCUCAGUAAGAAUCUGCUUUCCUUGUAACAGGACCAAUCAUAAAAACACUGAUUAUAUUACCAAGGCUUUGACUGAGAGACUCACGUGCAUAAACUCAGAUAUAAACAGCUUUAAGAAACUUGAGAUUGACUUUAUAGAGCCAAUGAAGCCCCUUGGAAGAAUUGGCCUGGUACGUUGCUUACAGGGUUCCCAGCAGCCUUACCAGGUGGUGGCUAAUACUGUAGCAGCAUUACCUGACAUCAGCGAAUCUCACCCAAAUAGCACCUUACUUGAUCUGAACCCACAGAACAUUAAUAAGCUGCUGACAGCCCUGAAUGAGUGCACCGAAUGGGGCCAGGUUUUCAUCCUGGACUGCCUGUCUAAUUACAACCCUAAAGAUGACCGGGAGGCUCAGAGCAUCUGUGAGCGGCUAACUCCCCGACUAUCUCAUGGCAACUCAGUGGUGGUGCUUUCAGCAGUAAAAGUCCUAAUGAAAUUUCUAGAGUUGUUACCUAAGGACUCUGACUACUACAAUAUGCUGCGGUAUGUCGCCCUGAGGAAUAUCAACCUAAUUGUCCAGAAAACAUUGGGAAAAGAUGAAUUGCAGGCCUGAAUCUUGAAGCAGGAAAUCAAAGUCUUCUUUGUGAAGUACAAUGACCCUAUCUAUGUUAAACUAGAGAAGUUGGACAUAAUGAUUCAUAUGGCAUCCCAAGGCAACAUUGCUCAGGUUCUAGCAGAACUGAAGGAGUAUGCCACCCACGUAGAUGCUGACUUUGUUCAUCAAGCUGUGCGGGCCAUUGGAAGGUGCGCCAUCAAGGUGGAGG